AAAUAACUCGACUAACGUUAAUACAACCGUAAUAUCCGAAAAAGGAAAAAGUGAUGUCACUGUUUUAAGUAUAACAGUUGAUAACAGAUACUAAUCAAACAAUAUGCACACGGUUGCAAAGAUACAUUUGGUCAGAUGGACGAAUGGAUGUUGUCCGCGACUGCGCAUGCGCCCUGCUCUGUUGCUACUCAGUUGUUGUAGUUACAGGAAGAUUAACCGCGAUGAUCAUCUGGCAGUAAGCAGGACCUCAGAGAUAAAGACAAAGGCAGGUGCCAUGCUCAGGACUAGACACCUGAUGCCAGGAGGACCCCCCCGGGCAGCUCGUCCUCUUCUACCGUGAAGAUGCCUGCUGUGGUCCGUGACCAGGAGGACUGUGAGUCCUCUUCAGAGGACGGAGACCAUCCCUGCAUUGCCUGGAGUGGCCUCAGCAAGACCAUCCCAAUUCUCUUGUUUUUCCCUGAAGCUGCUGUUUCAAAAGAUGGAAAUAUCUGCUCUACUGGAGAGCGAUAUCAUAUGGCCUUCAAGAUUGUGCGCACAGAGAGUCGCCUGGUACGAGGACUACUCACCAAUCAUGGAUUCCAUGAGGUUCACCCAAACAGCAAUGACUUUAACCUCAUGUGGACAGGAUCUCACCUCAAGCCUUACAUUCUACGCAGCCUUCAAGACUUCCAGAAGGUCAACCACUUUCCCAGGUCAUAUGAAUUGACGCGCAAAGACCGUCUCUAUAAAAACAUCCAGCGGAUGCAGCAGACACAUGGCUUCAAAAACUUCCAUAUCGUUCCUCAGACCUUUGUGCUUCCCUCUGAGUACCAGGAAUUCUGCAAUUGUUUUGCCAAGGACAAGGGACCCUGGAUCAUAAAACCAGUGGCAUCUUCAAGAGGGCGAGGCAUCUACUUGGUCAGCAAUCCAAAUCAGAUUUUAAUGGAUGAGAACAUCUUGGUGUCUCGCUAUAUUAAUAACCCACUACUGAUAGAUGAGUUCAAGUUUGAUGUGCGGCUGUACGUGUUAGUAACAUCAUAUGAUCCAGUCCUCAUCUACGUGUAUGAGGAGGGCUUGGCCAGAUUUGCCACAGUCAAGUAUGACCGGACUUCAAAGAAUAUUAAGAACACGUUCAUGCAUCUCACUAACUACAGCGUGAACAAAAAGAGCAGCGACUAUGUCAGCUGCGAUGACCCUGAAGUUGAGGAUUAUGGGAACAAGUGGAGUAUGAGUGCAGUGUUGAGGUAUUUGAAGCAGGAGGGGAAGGACACCACAUUGCUGAUGAGACAGGUGGAGGACCUCAUCAUCAAAUCAGUAUUGAGUGCUGAACUGCAGAUAGCCAACGCCUGCAAGAUGUAUGUUCCCCACAAGACCAACUGCUUUGAACUUUAUGGUUUUGAUGUGCUCAUUGACUCCAACCUCAAACCCUGGUUGUUAGAGGUGAACCUUUCUCCCUCCCUGGCCUGUGAUGCGCCCUUGGAUCUGAAGAUAAAGGCCAGCAUGAUUGCAGACAUGUUUUCGCUUGUGGGCUUUGUGUGUCAGGACCCCCUAUCGAGACAACCACGCUCUGACCGAGUCACCCUGGACCCAGGCCUCAAGAACCCAGCAGCCCAAAGAACACAGAAACCUCUCUCUGCACCGACAGCCACUGCACACAGCAGAAUGCGUCAGAGGCCCGCAACAGCUAGUAACUCAGAAACAGAGGGCUCAAAAGACAAGUUAGGACCUAAACAAGGCCAAGGAGACAGCACUUUGAGCAUGACUGCUGAAGAGAUCAAAGUGCUGAGGAGGAUAAAGGAAGAGCACGAGAGACGGGGAGGCUUCGUUAGAAUCUUCCCCACCGCAGAAACUUGGGAGCUCUACGGUGGAUAUCUGGAGUCCAAGACAUCAAUGAACUACAUGUUGGCUAUCAGACUUUUCCAUGGAAGGAAUGUGAAUGGGAACAUGCAGCUGCAGGUGGACGCCGUCCACGGCUGUCAUGAUGUCCAGUACGAGAGGAAGCUGCUGUCUCUGGAUGCACGGAAGAGGAGACAGCGCCACCUCGCUCAUCCCUCUGCUGCAGGGAAGAAGAAAUCCGGGAAGCAAUCCAAGGCCUCCCCGAUGGAGAGCAGCAGUCAGGAGGGAGAGGAGUGCGCUCAGGAGGAAAGGGAGGAGGUGAAACAUGCUCUCGAGCCAGUCUCACACAAGGUUUUGGUAGCGGAGCAAAGAAAACAAGUGGCCACACCACUGGAGCGCUGCCACAACGAGGCUCUGUCCAGCUCAGAGGCAGCCACGCACAAUGCCAGGCCCAGAGUCAACCUGCUCAACAUCCUUCAGCAGGGCUGGGACCUCAGUAAAGUGCAGGCCCGGAUGGCCUUUUCCUCAUACCUGCAUCGAGUCCAGCAAAGACUGCUGGCAGAGAGCAGGGCAAAUACCAUGCCAGCUUGGCCAGACAAGGACAACGACCAAAUGGAGCUUGUGAUUCGCUUCCUGAGAAGAGCAGCCAGUAACCUUCAACAAGACAUAAAGGUGGUCUUACCCAGUCGCCAGCUUCCACUCCAAGACCGCAGACGCAUCCUGUCCCACCAGCUAGGAGACUUUAUCCACUGUUACAACAAGGAAACUGAACAUGUGGUGAGAAAAACAGAGAACAGCGAAGAGGAGCAUUGUGUUAAUCCCAGUGUGUUUCAGGAGUACAUCACUGCAGCAAGUGAAAACGAUCUGGAGGAAGUACUGACAUUCUACACACAGAAAAAUAAAUCAGCCACCGUUUUCCUCGGAACAAAAGUCAGGAGUGUUAAGAAAGACGUUCAUGAAGUAAAUGCCUUAGGAGAUUCAGGCAACUGUGGGAACUCCAAAACUCUGCCUGUGGCCAAAGAGGAUUCCAGUGCUUCAGAGUCCUCGCUCUCCAGAGGGAAAGUCAGCAGUGACCCAAACGUCAAGGCCACUGAGAGUCAGCCAGAGGUCCAGCCAGAGGUCCAGGCCUCCCAGCACUGCUGCUCCAGCUUUCCCGUGACUUUGGACUGCAAUCAUAUUCAUCCUCAGCACUGCUCCACAGCCCUGACGUCUCUGCCUCUCCACUGUCCACCACCGCCGCCACCUCUUCAGCCCCCGUCCUAUGCACAGUCCUUGGCUAAAUCUCAGUUCUGCCAUCCUGAGACUCUCUCUGACCCUCCUGCAUACACCCCUGCCAUCGUGGUCACGCAGCCACCGAGAGCAAUGUGGACAGCUGUUUCCUCUGGCUCUAACACAAUCUGUAGUGGGACACCCACCCAGGCGCUCAGAAGGUUUCAGUCCUUUACCUCACCAAUAUCAAACUCUGGAGCAGCCUCUUCCAUCCCGAGUGCCACGCACAUCUAUAACCAGAAGCUCUCUAGACCCACCUCUGCAGGCCAAGUGAUCAGGAGGAGCAGUUCCAGUAAGCUGAAGUCAAACUCAUCCGGGACGUUAAAGGAGUUGAACUCGCUGUCUGCCCAAGCCCAGUCUAACCAGCAGGCCUUCAUCUCAGCCCUGCAGAAGCUGGCUGACAAGCAGAUUGCUCGCCACUAUGCCAACUCCAGUCACAUCAACCUGCUGACACAACAUUUGACCAACCUGAACCUGGCAAACAGGAUGCUGGGCAGAGAGGGCGUCACAGUGAACCCACAAGUGCGGCAUACUGCUGCUACAACCCAAGGGCCAGUGAAAGCUGUUCACUCCGGAUCAGAUCUAUGUAGCAGCACUAGCCACAGGCCACUGAAGGAUGAGGAGGGUCUUUGGGAUGGUCAGAUGCAGAGUGCCUACAGCUUGGUGACAGGGGUGAACCCCCAGCAGCGCUACCAGCCCACCCAAGGCAGCUACCAGCUUCAGUUUGCUAUACAGAAACUGCAACAGCAAAGACUUCAGUCUCGACAAUUUCUGGACCAAAGCCAUUGCAGACACCAGACACAAUUUCCAGACCAGACAAGUACUCCACACGCCCAGGCUCCCAAAAACUCAUCCGGCUGCCCUCCAUCCAGCCUUCAUGUCCGAUGCAAUCACAGCCACGGCCACAGCCACAUUCAAACCUGUGUUAGUCCUGUUCUCACCCCAAAGCCACCCAGCAGUGCCAGAGAGGGACUGAUCAGGAAAACGGCAACAAAGCGCCUCAUCAAGCAGACGUCCGCAGAGAGUUCAGCCAGCGGAAGCGUGCCCGGCGGCCAGCAUGUGGUCUACGAAGCCAUCUGUGGUAAAACAGGUCUUUCUGUGUACCGCAAUCUGCUCCAGGGCCAGGAGCCUGGCCACAGAUGACAUGAAAGCGACCAGCGGCACGUCCUGCCCCUCUGCUGGCCUGACAGGUGUCUCUGCAUGUAACUACAUCCUCACAGAGGUGUAUUCUGGGAAAGGACAACAGCAACAGAUGGAAGUAUCAGAGACAUCAAACAGGUCCUAUAAAUUUCUCUAUGAUACAGCCACGGACUUGGAGAGGAUAGUCUUCCAGUCCAGGAAUGCCCAGCUUUGAUGCAGGUUGGGAUUUUAUGUGCUCAGCUCAACAUUAGUUGGCCUUUUCAGCUCCGUCCCCCCCCCCC